ACAAAUCGUAACCAAACUAAAACCACCAAGGACAUCUCGAUAUAAAUAUGCAUGUGUAGUGAAAAGGGAAGUUAUCGCGUUGUAGAAAGAGUAGAUAGAUUAGGUAGGCAUAGAUGAAAGGCAGUCACGAGCCAAGGUCAAGCUCCUCUUGCGCUGCCUGCAAGUUCCUCAAGAGGAGAUGCACUCCCACCUGCAUAUUCGCCCCGUAUUUUCGCUCCGACGAGCCUAAGAAGUUCGCCAAAGUCCACAAAGUGUUCGGAGCAAGUAACGUAAGCAAGAUCCUCAUCGAAGUCCCCGAAGAGCAAAGGGAAGACACCGUGAAUUCCCUCGCUUAUGAGGCCGAGGCGAGGCUCCGGGACCCGGUCUACGGUUGCAUUGGUGCCAUAGCUUUGCUGCAGAGGAGGAUGGUUGAGCUCCAACGUGAUCUGGCCAUUGCUAGAGCUCGCCUCGCUCGGUUUGCUGCCAAUUCUUCUUCUCUGUGUUCUUCUUCUUCAUCAUCUUCCUCUUCUGUGUCUAACUAUAGUAUCUUGGAUGGUCGGGUCACUGAGGUUGGUUUGAGUGGUAUUCCUUGUGCUGGAUUCGGCGAUGCCUUUAGCCAGAAUCCGUUGGAAUUUGGCCAGAAUGGACCCAUGUAUGAUUAUAGCUUUGUCCCGUAUAUAUUAUGAAAAAUUUUGUGAUCA